CUUUUGCGAGACGCUCAGUGCACACAGUACACACGGCUUUGCCAGGCAACUCUGCUUCGCCUUUGCAGGCUCCUUCCUCUCUGACACUUUGCUGAGAAGAGAAGGCAAACAGUCCUUGCAUAGAACGCGGGGCUCCUGCUUUCCAGUGAGAGCGCUGUUCUCGGAGGAGGAGGCGGAGGAAGGCUGUUGUGGCGGUCGCUCCCCCGAGUGGCAAUAGGGGUGGCUCUUUCUGUGACGGCGUGCCAUGCGACCUGAGCGCUAAGUGGAGUAUGCUGCAGACGAUUUACGAGAGCGAGUCAAGUUUCUCCACAACAGACGACUGCAUCGGAGCCCAGACGCUCCCCAACCAGAGCAGGAUGCACAACGUGAACAACUCAGUGGAGAUAAAGUCAGAAGUGCCGCUGGUCGUGGAACCUCUGUCUCCGUUGGACCUACGGACAGACCUGAGGAUGCUGGGGCCAGGCUCGGAACCGGGGCUCUGGGAGAGGCAGCUCCAGCAGGAGCUCCUGCUUAUCCAGAAGCAGCAGCAGAUCCAGAAGCAGCUACUCAUCAGCGAGUUCCAGAAGCAGCACGAGAAGUUAACUCGUCAACACCAGGCUCAGCUCCAAGAGCACCUCAAGCUUCAGCAGGAGCUCCAGUCUAUGAAACAGCAGCAGGAGCUUGCAGAGAAGGAGCGGCGUCUGGAGCAGCAGCAGAAUCAUCAGCUCCAACAGAACCAGCAGCAGAACCAGCAGGAGAAAGAGCUGGAGAGACAUCGGCGAGAGCAGCACAUCUCCUGCUUGAGCCUUCGAGCCAAAGAGCGCGCCAGAGAGAGUCUCGCAGGUGCAGUGGCCAGUACGGAGGUGAAGCAGAAACUCCAAGAGUUUCUGUUAAGCAAAUCAGCAAAGGACCCUGCCAGCAAUGGCGGCAAUCAUUCGUUCAUUCACCACCCUAAGCUCUGGUACAGGUCCUCCCAUCACACAUCCCUGGACCAAAGCUCUCCCCCCCUGGGCGGCAUGUCCCCUACCUGCCACUACACUCUGCCAUCACCCAUUGACAGCAAGGACGACUUCCCCUUGAGGAAGACAGCCUCUGAGCCCAACCUGAAGGUGCGGUCCAGACUGAAGCAGAAAGUCGCCGAGAGGAGGAGCAGUCCCAUGCUCAAAAGGAGAGACGGCAACCUCAUGACGCCUUACAAGAAGAGGGCGCUGGAGCUCAUGGAUUCUACGCCCACAAACAGUGCCCCUGGCUCGGGCCCCAGCUCCCCCAUAGGGGCCUCCAGUGCCUUGGGGGCUGAAAACGGACCUUCCUCUUUGCCUACCACCACAAAAACUGAGCGAUGGCCUUCACAGCCAAGAUUAUUCCGGCCCGAGAACUCAAUGUCCGUCUUGAGUUUGUACACAUCUCCGUCCCUACCCAACAUUUCCUUGGGGCUUUCCGCCGCAUCUUCUCCGCUGAAUGCGGCAAUGGGCUUGAAGGACAGAUCAGCAGAAAUAAAACAUGGACUUCCGGGACAUCUCCUGGGUCCCGUUCCCCUUCACGCAGGUCUUGAGUCCAAAGUGAGCCCCAGUCACCAGGCUCUGCUGCAACACCUCUUGCAGAAGGAGCAGAUGAGGCAGCAGAAGAUGCUCGCCACUGGACCGCCAGGCCACGUGUCAUCCCACCCUCCGUCCCCUUUGGCCAUGAAGGAUCGCCCUCCCAGCAGCCGCCCCAAACUACCCAAACAUCGGCCCUUGAACAGGACCCAGUCUGCGCCCCUCCCCCAGAACGCGCUGGCCCAACUAGUCAUCCAGCAGCAACACCAGCACUUCCUGGAGAAACAGAAACAGUACCAGCAGCAGAUCCACAUGAAUAAGCUGCUGUCCAAGUCCAUCGAGCAGUUACGUCAGCCCAGCGCACACCUGCAGGAGUCUGAGGAGGAGCAGGAGGAGCGCAUGCAGGAGGACAGGCUGCCCCCCGGAGGAGUCAUCCGGAAGCACACGCUCAGCAGCAGCGGCAGCAGCAGCGGCGGCUCCAGCGUGGAGCUCCCCGACGCCCACUACGGGGUCAUCAAGGUCAAGGAGGAGCCGGCGGACAGCGAGGACGAGGCGCUGGCCAAUCAGAGCUUAGUGGCCGAGAGGAGCGCCUAUCUUCACCAGGUCAAAGGGAGACUGGUGAUAAGAGCCAUGAUCUGAGGAGGACGGGGAGGAGGUCACACACUCCGACAUUCGCAGAUAAACACCUCACACACACACACACACACACACACACACGCACACACACACACACACACACACACACACACACACACACACACACACACACACACACACACACAUUGCAC